GGAGCGCUAGAGAUUAGCUUGGAACCGGGAUCCCGGGCCCAUCUGUCGGAGAGAUGCUGCGACCGGGAGGGAAGUGUUGGGCACGAGCGGGCGAACCAUCUGCUCCCCCGUGCGCCGUGAGCUCGAGGAGCGGACCGUGCGCCGCCCGCGCUGUUGCCAUUGUUGUUGGGACAUUGUUACAGUGCCCGCGGGGAAGCCUGCAGGAUGUUGUUGUUUACCUGAUGGGCCAUUUCAAACUAUGCAUUUGCAUUGGACGUUGAGCUCUGCUGUUGCAGAGGAUGUUUUUUUGUUUUUUGCACACAUCCAAUUGGAAGCCUUGUUACUCAUAAUAAUUUAACCCAACUGUUCAUUGUCUUCAGCAAGACAACCCCCAGCUGCACGCUCAUUGCACGGUGCUCUCUGCUAAAUGCAAAAUGUCUAAUGUUCUUCUUGACAUUAGUUGCACGCACUUUCAUUGUGAGUUGCACCGUUCGAUGGAAGCCAGCUCCCUCUGGAAACCCCGACAGCUCCGUGAAGCACUUGAAGGUGGAGUGGCCCGACGUGAAUGGUUGGGCGACCAGUUCUACAAGGACGCCAUUGAGCAGUGCCGCAGCUACAACGCUCGCCUGUGCGCCGAACGCAGCGUGCGCCUGCCGUUCCUGGACUCGCAGACCGGCGUGGCCCAGAACAACUGCUACAUCUGGAUGCAGCGGCAUCACCGCAGCCCCGGCGUCGCAGCCGGGCAGAUGUACACGUACCCCGCCCGCUGCUGGCGAAAGAAGAGACGACUGCACAACGCCACGGAUACGCGCCUGGGCAUCUACGGCCUCCAGCUCGACGGCGGCCUCAUGUCCAAGGACCCCCUGCCGGCCCAGAGCACCACGCUGGAGGCCCUGCUACGAGGGGAAGGUCUGGACAAAAGGAACAACUCCAAGAACGACGAGGAGAGCCUGCUGGAGAUCCAGAGGGUUCUGGAGGCCGACGCCGCAGAAGAUGCGUUCCACGACGACGACGACGACUUUGAGGUGAACACCCCUAAGAGGAGACAUCGGGGCAAAGGAAGAGGUCGGGGAUCGGGCCGCAGGAAGGCGGACAUGGAUGAUGACAAGCCAUACGUCUGUGACAACAGAUACAAACAAAAGCAGAACUCAAAAUCUUCGACUUCAGUCUGCGCGAAGCGCUACAGGAACCGCACGGGACUGAGCUACCACUACACCCACUCGCACCUCGCCGAGGAGGGCCGAGGCGGCGCGAGGAGCUCCGCGGCCUCCAAAGCGCCCGCCGCACAACAGGCGGAGCGACACAAGCGUCAAAGGGGUCCGGGUGGGACCGGCGUUCCCAACAACUACUGUACUAAAUGCCAGGGCUCACUAAAGAAAACGGGUAAAUCCGGGUCUCCCUUCUCAACCUGCCAAUGCAAAGCCGGCCGCGCGGAGGAGAAGGACGACGCGGCCUUCACUGGAGCGGAGGAGCUGUUCGGCACCACCUCGGAGAGCGACACCUCCACCUUCCACGGCUUCGAGGACGACGAGCUGGAGGAGCCGGCGGCAAACGGCAACGGAAUAUCCAACCGGCACAGAUAGAGACAACCGUCUAGAUUCAAAGAGACUUUUUUUAAUUUUUUUUUUAUAUGGAUUAACCUCUGGCUAAAAUCUGCUGCUUCUUUUUUUUUUUAUGUUUUUUGUUUGCAGAAAGCACAAAGUGAUCAUUUCAGGACAGAAGUGUUAUUUUAUCUACUGAACAUUGUUGAAUAAUUUAUGAACAUGUUUUAUAUAUAAAUAUAUAUAUGUAUGUGUGUAUAUAUAUAUAUAUAUAUAUAUAUAUAUAUAUAUGUAAACUUUGAAGGCUAUGAACGACUGUCAGUGUUUCUUGACAAGCGUCUCGGCCUCUUAGUGAAGCAAAAGGUGCAGUUGGAUUUUUUUUUUUUGUUCCGUCACCGGAGGAGACGAAGCACACAUGUUACGAACAAAAAAGAAAGAAAAAAAACACUGGAGGAAUUCAAACAAUUGACAAUUAGGCAUAAAUUAUAAGGUGCGCUUGUGUGACGCUCGGACGUCGUACCGGAGCGACCGGCUGCUUGUGACUGUGACUGCGCUCUCACCCUGGAUUACACUUGUACCAAAAUGAAGGAACCAAUGAGGCGGACGGCCACCGGCCGUGUUUUAAAUCUAGUCUUUACAGACAAAGACGGCUAAGUGAAUCAAAGGAGCAGCACAUGGGCCCAGAGGUGGAGGAGGCCAGAGAAGAAGAGGAUUAAACUCUGGAAAGAAACAAAUGAGCCAUGGCGUCCCUUCUGAUUUUGGGUCGAAAAGCGGCCCGACUGAAGCGGAUGAACGGAAAUUUGCCGGCCGGGCGAUUCGACUGAAGCUCCCUCUGCGAUGCGUAUUGAUCCCUCCUGAACAUUGGAAAUGCGAGUUGAUCCAGCUUCGCUUUGCUCCUUGCUGCACCGCGCCGGAGCUCCGCCGAGCAGUUGAGGCCGGACCCUUUUUUGGACCUUCUGUGCAUUCGGGGCCCCGCGGUCGAAGGUCGCCCCUCCCUCCCCUGCUCGGCAACUGUGUGAUCCGAUGUGACGCUAAGACGUCGUUAUCCCUCAUCACUGUGCCGGCCUGCCGCUGUGACAGCCAUGACCCGCCGCCCCGAUUGAACCGGCGAUCCCCUGACGCCCCCCAGCCAUAAACAUGGUGCUCGAAACCACCACUAUUACACAGAGACCUCUGGACUACUGUAUUAACCACCUUCUCUCCCCCUCUGCUCUUGCUCUCUAUUUACUGGUCCUCUCAGUAAUUUCAGCUCCUUUUUUUUUGCGUCUUUUCUCUGUUGUGUAAAAUAUUUCUAUGUUUUGAUCUCUUUAAAGUUUUGAGUAGAACAACUUCUUGGGUUUGUAUUGAUACCGCUGUCCGGAUCAGGUGCACAAUAGCCACAACUACUCAGGCGUCUUUCAUUUCCUCCGCUGCUGAUUGGUCAGCGGCUUACUCCCGAUUCAUGUGAUUUGUAUCCAGGGCUUUGGGAUGCUUUAGGAAAACAUUUGCAAUAACCAGCUUCAUCUCUGUCCGGUCUCUGCUGAUCACACUCGCCAUGUAAAGCCUCGGCUCUCCGUUUGGAAAUCUUCUGUCUCCGCGGGUUGCGAUCGACGGCAGCCGAGAAUCCUCUCCCGUUCAUUGUUGCUCGAGAGGCAAAACUCUGCUCAGACGCACCGACAUUUCCGUUGAGUGCUUUGGACGGCCUGCUUGCUUUAUGACAUUUAGAAGGUGCUUGCAAAUCUACAUCAAAAACCACACGUUGCACAUAAAGAGGUCUGGUUCCUUCCACGUGCUCAUUCAGCGUCGCUACAAUGUAAAAACGACAACAACAACAACAAAAAAGCCACUCCGUUUUAUGAAGCCAACCAUGUUUGCGCGUUCGAACCGUGUUUCUUCGCUUCCCUCAGGGACCCUUCACGCAACACGGACAAAGAAUGGAUCCGGGACUCCUCACUUCAGCCUGGCUCUUCUUUCGUGGGCGGCGUGUCCACAGUGAGAUGGGUCAUCGCGUCUUUUUUUUUUUUUUUUAUCUUCCAAAGUCAUGCCGGUUAAGUGGAAGCACGUGUUCGUCAAUCGCAGCCUGCUCGAUGUCUCCCGCCGGCGGUCGGUGCACUUCUGAACAAUAGGAGAAGGUCCCAGAUGCAAAAAGUCGGGGGGCGUCCGCUCCGGAAUCAAUGAAAAGCCUGCAUACCUCGUCAAAGACACAGCAAUAGGCCCUGGUGCUCUCGUCCAAGCCUGCGGGGGGAAGAAGGGGGCGGGGCCAAGAGGAGGUGAAACGGACAUGACUCUGCGUUUGUUUCAUCUUCAGCUGUAAAUAUGAGCCGAAAUGGAGAGGAUGAAGAAGUCUUUGUUUGUUAAACUAUUUUUAUUGUUCUGAAAAAAAAAUAAAGAAUGAAUGGUGACGUUGGAUGCUGUUUUUCUGACACUGACGUUUUGAGAGUGAAGCUGAUUAGAAUAUAGAUUGUAUCUCGAUAUGAGGUGAAAAAAAUGAGAGGAAAAGUACGUCCAGGACUAAAACAUGGAGAAUGGAUUAAUCUCCAGACAAUGAUGUAAGCUACAACUUGACUGGUUGACUUAUACUUUGACUUUCACUAACGCGCUAUAAAAGGGCAUUUUUAUGAACAUAAAUCCCAUUUUAUAUCGUACCACAGAAUUUUUAUUUAGUUGUAAAUCAAUGAUUUGUUGUCGCUGACUUUUUUUAAGCCCUAACAUACUAAGACGUGUUUUUUGAAAAAGUUUUUUUUGAAGAACUAUACGAUAUAUUUUUUACGUGCUUUUUAUGAAAUGCAAUUAUUUUCCAUUUUUUAUGGUGCGUGUUUUCUGUAAUAUGUUACAAGGAAAUUUAUGAUGUAAUAUAUACUUUUUUUUUUUUGUUUUUUUUUACAUCUUUUCAACGUGCUUUAGUAUGUUUAAAAAAAAAAAUGAACUGACUUUUUUUAUAUAUAUAUUUCUUUUCUGCCAUGCAACAUGCAUGCGUGACAUGCACUUGGGACUUUAUAAGGUAAAGUGAACAAUGACCUUUUAUGACUUUACUUUCAACACAAUACAGUAUGAGUCAAAAUACUAUUUUAUGAAUUUGACAUUUCCUUCUGAAAUACUAUAGUAUGACUUUAUUCUUGCCUCCCAGGUUUCCAUGGACCGCGUGCUGCUGCUGCCAGGAUCCAUCCGGACUGCUCCGAAUAACGUUAAUCACUCGGCUUUUUACUAUUAAUGCUUUCAUUACUGCUCUAUUCAAUGUCUACCUGGGCUGAUACUAUUUAUAUUCUUUCUGCUAUUAGCAGUGCUAUUGCUUUUGUUUAUUUGUGUCCUUUCUCCAAUAUGGAUUAACUGUGAUGUCAUGUUUUUUAUUUUACACACUACAUCUAGUGCAGAAGGUCCCACGGAUGGAAUACGUUGUAUGUUAAUAUCUUAAAGCCCAGUGAGGCAGAUUUUGGAUUUAUGAUAUUGAGUUAGAAAAAUAAAAUUCAAUCAGUAUGAAUUACA